AGGCGCCGUCGCCUCUGUACAUCCUCCAGGCUCUCGGGAAGGCCUGUUUUCCCCCAGAGCUGCUAUGAGCAAGCGGAACCAGGUAUCGUAUGUGCGGCCAGCCGAGCCGGCCUUCCUGGCCCGCUUCAAGGAACGGGUCGGCUACAAGGAAGGGCCCACCGUAGAAACCAAGAGAAUCCAGCCUCAGCUCCCAGAAGAAGAUGGUGAUCACAGUGACAAAGAAGAUGAACAGCCCCAAGUGGUGGUUUUAAAAAAGGGAGAUCUGUCAGCUGAAGAAGUCAUGAAAAUUAAGGCAGAAAUAAAGGCUGCCAAAGCAGAUGAAGAACCAGCUUCAGCUGAUGGAAGAAUUAUGUAUCGAAAACCAGUCAAGCGUUCCUCAGAUGAAAAAUAUUCGGGUUUAUCAGCAAGCUCAAAAAAGAAAAAGGCAAAAGAAGAAGAUGAAAUAAAUAAGCAGGACUCAGUUAAAAAGAACUCACAAAAGCAAAUCAAAAACAGUAGCCUCCUUUCUUUUGACAAUGAAGAUGAAAAUGAAUAAAUACAUAUUUUGGACUCCUUUAAGGAUAUAUGGGAUUUUUAAAAAAUAAUGUCUUUUUUCCUAUUAUAAAGUAAUAUAAAUUCAUUGAAGAAAAUUUAGAAAAUUCAGAAAACAUUCAGCAAGAUAAAAGCUGUAUCUAUCCAUCAAUACCCCUUUGACCUGAACUGCUAAUUCUCUAACAUUAACUACCACUAACAUUUUAUUUCCUGAUGUGGGAUGUGUGUGUAAAUUAUAUUUUUGUAACCAAAUUUUUGCUGUAUUCUGUAUGUUCUCUGUCCUGCUUCUCACUUGACGUUGUAUCAUGAGCAUUUUUCCAGGUCAGUAAAAUUCAAAAUCCUGACACUAAUAGCUACAGAGGAUUUUGUAAUUAAACAGGUCCCAUGUUUGAUCUUCCUCUUCAGCAGAACCUCACUUUGGAUGAGGGAAAUGAUCAUGGGCCUAGUUACCAGUUCUUCCCCAGCUCCUAAGAACAGCCUUAUGACAGCUCUGAUAAAGAGAUACAAGUAGGUCUUGAACAAGGAUCUAAUACAGGGGACCAUGAUAACAGUCAUCAUGUAUCACAUGGUGACUAUAGUUGUUACAUGAUU